UCCAGGAUUUCUCGUUCAGCAAGCAGAGGAGAGAAAAAGAUCACUUGCCAGGAGGGAAAAGUCACCUUAUGUCAACCGAUCCUUCGUACCCAUACUGUCUCCAGAAUCGCUUUCACUGCCCUUCUUCAUGAUGAACUUCUUUCUCGAGGCUGCAAAAUCUUUGCCAAGACUGUUCCCACUUCUCUUCUUGAGGAACGGCCUUUCCUUUCCUGCACCAACAGGACCAUACAAUACAAGUCUCGUCACUGUAGCCCUCACCGACACUCAUCGUUCAGACCCUUUCGCACCAACCCAACAAUCGCGAGUAUUGAUGAUCUCAGUCUUCACUCCGGUCCUGCCUUCGGCUUGUAUCCCACUACUCUCAUCAUAUAUGGAACCCACAACAGCGGCCUUCGAGGAUGCAAGACUUGAAGCAUACGGGUUGCCAUCUGGGGUUUUCGAAUCGCUCAAUCUGCAAACAUGUCAACAAGAUCCUAUCAACCACAAACAGUUUCCUUUGCUUCUCUUCUCUCCAGCAGCAGGGACGACUCGCUUAUUCUACAGUGCCAUAGCACAACAAAUCGCAAGCACUGGCUAUCUUGUGGUCACAAUUGACCAUCCGUACGAUGCGGAUAUCGUCGUCUUUCCUGAUAACACAACUGUUUUUGGUUUGAACUUCACUGACGCGCAGAUCCCCUUAGUGGUGGACACUCGAGCCAAAGACAUCUCGUUCGUCCUCGACAUCUUCUCCAAAACCACGUUGCAUCAUAGCUUUCAUGGUAGAGUUAAAGCUGGAGUUUUUGGCCAUUCUCUAGGUGGAGCUGCAUCUGCACAAGCCAUGUUUACGGACCCUCGAUUUCAAGGAGGCCUGAAUCUUGAUGGAACGUUCUUUGGCGAUGUCGUCGAGAAGGGCUUGGAUCGACCAUUUCUCAUCUUCGCACACGAUGGAAAGAAUCUGACGAAUGAUCCGAGCUGGGACGCAACUUGGCCGAAAUUGACAGGAUGGAAGAGGGAAAUGAUGUUGGCAGAUAGUGCGCAUUACACCUUUUCCGAUCUCCCUGAUGUGGUUGAUCUUUAGGAUUUGGUGGGAUGCUGCCAAUUGAAG